UUGCCUUUCUCUGUUAUUAUAGAGACCUAAAGUGUAUUUUGUUAUCGUGUCUUUGUUUGUUUUUUUUUUAUUAAAUAGUGGUUUCAACCUCUUGAAAAUCAAAUAACAAUAUUCAGAAAAAAAUUGUAAAAUAUUAUCGCUUCUUAUUAUCAACACUUUUAACCGUUUUAUUAUUUUGGUUCUGUUUACGUGUGCAAACGGAAGAAAUCUUUCUUGUUAUUUUUUUUUAUUUUUUUAUUUUGUACCAGACAUAUAAAAACUGUCUAGUAAUAAUCUUCGUCUCUCUCCCUCCACCGACUUUAAGUGAUAUUAAAGAAAUUACUACCUCAAGUAUUUAGAAGAACAAUGUCAUCGCAAGUGGAUUACAAUUGUAUACGUUCGAUAGAACCGGCAGAAAGUAAAACAACAACUUCAAGCUCGACCGCUUCAUCAUCGACAUCAUCGACAACGCAGUCAACAGUCUCAAUAUCGAAAAAUUCUUUAGAUGCCUAUCUGGAAGCGGUUCGUAUAUUGUUGGUACUUUUGGAUAACGUAAUUAAUUUUCCGCACGAGCAUAAAUAUCGCACAAUACGCUUGGAAAAUAAAACGAUUAAAGAGAAACUGCUUGCACUACAAGGCUUUAAUCAAUUAUUAAAAGCUAUUGGCUUUCAGCGUUUAGCUAAUGAAUAUUUAUUACCGCAAGAUGCGUCGCUGGAGCGUAUCAAAGAGUAUCGUGACAUUUUGCAUAAACGUCGAGAGUUUUGGUUGCAUGAUCAUCAGCAUGAAAAUGAAGCGAUAAACAAUAAUGAUGGAUCGGUUUCGUUGAAGAGCACAAGUAUGAUCGACUCAGAAAGCAGAGUGACCGGCUUAGAAGCCACAAGACCAUACAAAGAACGUAUCACAUAUCCCAGGGUGUUACAAACCCCCAAUCGAUUCCUGCAGUCUUUGGAACUUUUUUCCGAUGCAGUCAUGCAAUAUGAAGACGAGAAAUUAUUGGCAUUUGGUCUUAAGCUGAUACCAAUCGACGACUUGACGCAAAAGGCUAGUGAGAAACUAUUAGGAAUUCAAGAAGUUGCUAAUAAUACAACUAAUGCUUUACAUCAAAACAAAUCCAGCUGUAAAGAACCGUGCAUUCGUGAUUUAAUUUUGGUAGAAUUAGUUAAUUGGUUCAAGAAUGAAUUCUUUGAAUGGGUUAAUAAUGUACCCUGCAAAAUAUGUGGUAGUGAAGAGGGUAACUUACGUCGUACACAAAAAGAGGACGAUUUACGUGUAGAGGUGAAUAUGUGUUGUGGUCAAGAGACAAAAUUCUAUCGAUAUAACGACAUUGCUCAACUAUUGGUUUCACGUAAAGGACGUUGCGGCGAAUAUGCCAAUUGUUUUACCUUUUUAUGCCGAUGUUUGGAUUAUGAUGCGCGUCUAGUACAUUCCUUAUUUGAUCAUGUGUGGACAGAGGUUUAUUCCGAAAGUCAAAUGCGUUGGUUGCAUGUGGAUCCAUCCGAUAAUGUCGUGGAUUCACCUUUAAUGUACCAGCAUGGCUGGAAACGUUCGAUAGAUUACAUUUUUGCUUAUUCUUGCGAUGAUGCCCAGGAUGUCACUUGGCGUUACACUAAUAAGCAUAAAGAGACUCUAACAAUGAGAAAUUUUUGCACAGAAAAAGAAUUAAUUGAAGCUUUAUUAACGAUAAGAAAGAAACGGCAAGCUCACGUUACUGACGAGAGGAAAAAAGCUUUAAAUCAACGUUGUAUGCUGGAAUUAAUAGAAUUAACGGUGGAAAGAGAACCUACAGAAAAUGAAUUAAAAGGACGCAGUUCCGGCAGUUUAACCUGGCGCCAAUCUAGGGGUGAGCACAACUUUACUAAUAUUUUCACUUUUACCUUAAAGGAGGAAGAAGCUCAACAUAAACAGUUUAAUUUACGUUAUUGCUGUGCAACAGAUACUUAUGAACGUUAUAUCAAAGAUAACAGUCAAGAUGUACGUGUUUUGGAGACGUAUAAGACAUGGCAAAGCUGUCAGUUUUCUUCUAAAAAUAUGCUACGAAAAGUGGAACGUGAUUGGAAAAUGGCUUAUCUGGCUCGUCAAGAAGACAGUGAGAGUGCGGAAAUUUUGUGGAAAUUUGAUUUUGACUCUUCCAAACUUAAAGUGAAAACAUACACUCUACGCUUCGAGACGAAAACAUUUGGAGAGGGUAACGUAGAACUCUUAAUACAUCCUUGUGACGAAAUUGCGGUCACGGAUAUCGUAAACUGUGGCCGUUUUGAGAUUUGUGCCAAAUUAUCGGGAGGUAAAGGUGACGUUGCUUGGCAGCAUACACAGCUUUUUAGACAAAGCUUAAAUUCCAAAGACUAUCCCUUCGAUUUACAAGUGGAACUUUUAUAAUAUCAUUAAAUUUGAAAAUGAUGUAAGUUGAGUGCAAUAUCACGGUUUUGCGUAUAACCGUAUUCUAUUAUUCUAUGAUAAGGAAAAGAAAGAAAGA